CCGGCUCCCUAUGCGCGUCGUCAACUUGUCAUAUUGGAGACGGGGUCCUGCCUACUAUUCAGCUUGUUAUCGCAAGCUCCUCACAGCAGUGCGGAGCUUGGUGGCAGCGACGUUACCGAGUGUGUCACGCGCUGGGAAGGAGCUUGCUUGAAGUAAGGGUACGUAACUCUUAUCACCACAGCCAUCUUUCUUUUUUCUUGGGAGAGCCACUCGUCUCCAUGUUCUCAAUCGGAUCUUGCAGAGUGUAUCCGAGUGGGUAAACCCAUGGUCUACAACUCUACAUUAUGAAGUCAAUGAGAAAUGCUGGUGAACUAAUGGAAUUACUGCAAUUACCUGACAAAAUACCACGUCCUUUAGCUGUGUCCACAAUGAGAUGUCCGCUUCUUGGAAGGAUCCAUUUUGUUAGGGAUCCAAAAGGCAUAAUGCAGCUCCUGUGUGUUUUUUUCUACUGGUUGUAUGGAACAUUCUCCAGCUUGUUUAUCAUCAUACUUCCAAGAUAUGCGGAAGGGUAUAUUUCUGGAAUCUUUGUGACAGCAUUUAUGUCCAUCUCUCUGCUGUGUCUGACAUCUCUUGUAAGAGUAUCAACUCUAAAUCCAGGAAGAAUUCCCCCAUCAACUGCUGUAUCUAUCCACGAUAGCCAGAUUUCGUCACCUAGCACCAGAUGCAGAGUGUCACCCAACCCCUUGUCCUCAGCUGACAGACCUGAUGUACCCGUAACCCAUGGAGGAACUAUCGAGACAGACAUGGAACUUUUGUGGUCAUCAGCUGUGUCUACCAGAACAUAUCAAGUCUACCAAUCAGGAGUUAACACAUUUCUGACUUUCAUGACUAUGCAGGGGUUCGUGUGGAUAACUACUCUACCUCCUAUCUCGGAAGACAUUCUCAUUAGAUUUGUGGCACACUGUUAUCGUAGAUUGUUGCUGCGAUAUUCUACCAUUAAAUCAUACCUGUGUAGCAUUCGGUUUAGGUAUUUACAAGUGGGUUUACCUAACCCUUGGACAUCCGAUUUUUUAAUUCGGUUGCAAACUAUUGUGCAGGGGGUUAAGAGACAUCAAGGGCUGUCCACAUCACCUCGCUUGCCAAUAACAACUCCUAUCUUAACUAAGAUGUGUAUGGCUCUAAAUCAUGGUGUUUUUGAUCAUUACACCUGUGUACUACUGAAAUCAGUGUGUUGUCUGGCUUUCUUCGGAUUUCUCCGUUGCGGAGAAUUUGCUUGUGACACUGACAAGUUUAAUCCAGUUUACAAUCUUACCCUUAGAGCUAUGCAAUUCUCCAGGGUCUCGGCUUCAUUCACCUUGCUGUUGGCAGCGUCCAAGACAGAUCCAGUCCGGAAAGGAGUCACCAUCACCUAUACAGCCACGGCAAUUGUGUAUGCCCUGUAGCUAGUAUGCUAGCCUACCUCGUUCAACGCCAUCGCUAUGCCUUGCAUAGUGCUGAUCCUUUAUUUGUUACUGUAGAUGGCAAGGUAUUAUGCAGGACAUAUUUCAUCGUGCAACUUAAGAAACUAUUAAGACUGUGUGGUUAUGAUGACAAUGCCUAUAAUGGUCAUUCCUUUUGAAUAGGAGCCAGUGCUAAAGUACCAGAUCACCUCAUACAAGUCCUUGGUCGGUGCUCAUCUUCUUGUUACACCAGAUAUAUACGUACACCUCAAGAUGUUUUGUGGCGUGCUCAAAAAGAUAUGGCUUAUCUUUGUUAACAUUGGCUAUAAUACCCUUCUCCACAUCGCCCAGUGUAUAUAUUCAUGUUAGAAUUUAUCUGUAAAACCUUUUCUUCAAGUGUAAUGUAUUAUCAUGAUUAUAUAGCAUAUUUCUUGAUUCCGAUACACAUGGUAGUUCACUACAUAUUCUUAUGAUUGUUGUUUGUUUCUCUUGAUACAGGUUAGAAGAUAGUUACCACCUUGGUUAUAGGGCAUACAUUUGUUACGUCCUUGUACGACUAUGACCAGUUUACAUUCUGUGUAGUUAUUUUGGGGGGAUUCUCAUUUAAAAAUUAAUCAUAGACACCCACCUCCAUCCCCUGCGCCACCAGUUCUGUGGUAAUCAGAUCUUGUCUACUUGGUAUAACAACUGAUAAACAUGCAUGUAUAAGGCUUUAUACUGGGGAUUCCCAUUCUUGUGUUAAUAUAUUAUCUUAUUUAAUAAUAUAUCUCAUCAAUUACUUAAAUACUCUGUCCAUCUGCUUAUAUCCAUUAACAUUUCAUUCCAUGUGAUUUCUUCUUAUUAUUUAAUAUUUGUCAUGCUAACCUCUUUUGCCCAGCGCUUGGGUCCUAUAAUCCACUGUUGAAGGAGUUUCCCUCCAUAGUUAUGUAUUUUCAAAAUCACUAUCUAAUGCAUUUUCCCUUUGCAGCUUUAAUAUGUAAUCUACUGUCGAAGGCGUUUCCCUUCACAGCUUUAUCUGUAAUCCACUGUUGAAGGUGUUUCCCUUUGCAGCUAUAAUCUGUAAUCUACUGUUGAAGGCGUUUCCCUUCACAGCCUUAUCUGUAAUCCACUGUUGCAGACGUUUCCCUUCACAGCUAUUAUCUGUAAUCCACUGUUGUAGGCGUUUUCCUUCGCAGCUAUUUUAUCUGUAAUCCACUGUUGAAGGCGUUUCCCUUCUCAGCUACAAUCUGUAAUCCACUGUUGAAGGCGUUUCCCUUCGCAGCUAUGUAAUCUGUAAUCCACUGUUGAAGGCAUUUCCCUUUGCAGCUAUGUAAUUUGUAAUCUAUUGUUGAAGGCGUUUCCCUUCCCAGCUAUAAUCUGUAAUUCACCGUCGAAGGCGUUUCCCUUCGCAGCUUUGUAAUCUGUAAUCCAUUGUUGAAGGCGUUUCCCUUCACACUCACAGCUAUGUUAUCUAUAAUCCACUGUUGAAGCAUUUCCCUUCCACUGUUGGGCAGAGUAUCCGCCGGUAGUUGCGGAUAUUCAUGGCCCCAAAAUGUUAGUAUUUUCACCACUAGGCCUGGUCAUCUCAGCGCUUGACACUACAGGGCGUUUCCCCUCAGGAUGGGGUCGAGUGGUUUGCUGUAUUACAUAAGUAAUGGGAAUCCCCCAGCCCAAAAGAAAUAAAUCAUUAUUAUUUGUA